AAGAUGGCGUCUCUGCGCUGUAGGCGAGACCCCUGCGGCGUUAUCUGUCUGAUUUUAACUUAUUUCAGCGUGUUUUACGCGGACUACGUGGUCAUACAGUAUGUCCUCAUCCCCGCCUACUCGAACAGUGUGUGGUGUACUCUGCAUGGCUCAGUGUUCAACCUGAUCCUGCUGCUGCUGCUGGCCUGUCACUCCAAAGCCGUCUUCUCGGACCCUGGUAUGGUGCCUCUUCCCGACACAGCCAUAGACUUCUCAGACCUGCGCUCGCAGUCGUCCCGGAUGAGCGAGCGGGGCUGUGAAGGUUGGACCGUGUGCAGCCGCUGUGAAACCUACAGACCUCCCAGAGCGCAUCACUGCCGUGUCUGUCAGAGGUGUAUACGCCGCAUGGACCACCACUGUCCCUGGAUCAACAACUGUGUCGGAGAGCUGAACCAGAAGUAUUUCAUCCAGUUUCUCUUCUACACAGGCAUGGCCAGCCUGUACUCCAUGGUGCUGGUGGUGUCGGCCUGGGUGUGGCGCAUCAGGAACGAGAGGGAAGGCGAUGCAGAGAAGGAAGGAGAGGAGACGCCCAGCAAGCACCUGAUAGUUGCUCAUUACAUCAUCCUCCUGGUGGAGUCGGUGUUGUUUGGCGUGUUUGUCAUGGUCAUCUUCUACGAUCAGCUGGUCUCCAUAAUCACAGACGAGACUCCCAUAGAGCAGAUGAGGAACAGGCUGAUGAUCAAGGACAGAGGAUCUUCGUCUUCAUCCUCUUCCUCCACCUCCUCCUCCUCUCAGCUGCCGCACCACCCCCCGCACACCCGCAAGCCAAAGCUGGCUCUGCUGCGGGAGGUUUUCGGAAGAGGUUCUGUCUUUUGCUGGCUUCUUCCUCUCCACUCCAGCCCCCCGUCAGUUGGCGGCAUCAGCUACUCCGCCCUGCCCGACUACGACGUCUGACCUUUGACCCGCGAGAGCCGGAGAGGGCGAGGAGAGGAUGGCGAGGCAGGUUUUGGUGUGUGUGUGUGUGUGUGUGUGACUGAGUGGAUUUUCUGCCUAACUAUGAUGUCUUACCUUUGGACCUGAGAGGUGAAGAGGAAGGAGGAUGAAGGCCGAGACUUGACGAAUGAAGGGAGUGUGUGUUGGAUGAAUGGAUGAGGGAGUGAAUGAAUGGAUAUCGUGCUGUGUGUGACUUUUCCCCAGGGUUCAGCCUCAGAUUCAUGAAAAUGUCCUGUCCCGUCAUGGGAGAAGAGCUCCACUGGUCCCCGUUUUGUCCUGAUCUGUACUUUGACUACCAGCGUUGUCUCAUUUUCUGGACUCGUGUGGAGGAGCUGGGCCCUUGUGGCCGCCGGGGUUUGACUGAUGAGAGUUUGAACAAAGCUCAAAUGCAUGUUUGUACACUGAAGCUGCUGAUAUCAGAUGUUUUAACAAGGGAUGAUCCUAAUGACCAACCCCCCUGACGUUACUAGUCGACUUGUCUAAAAGUAAGAAAACACUCAAACUGUUGAGGUUGAGCUUUAAUUUAAUUUAUAAUGUCAGAAAAGUAUUGCUUAUAUUAUAAGAGCCAUUUGAAACCGUUAAUUCUUCAGUUACCAAAUCGUAUUUAAAUGCUGCUCAAUGCUGCUUUAUCCUGUCAGGUAAUGUGUACAUUAGCAGUAAUAAUACAUUGGAAACUGCUUAUAGUGAUCAUGUCAGUCCGGGUCAAACCGAUCACGAUAAUUAUUAUAACCAUGUUUUUCUUUAUAUUCUAUACACAGUCUAUUGUUCUGCUCCCCCAGUCCACUAGGUGGCACUAAACCUUUAAAAACAUUGUGGCUGGACUCAGCUCAAGCGAACCCCUCAAAUAACAUUUACUUGCCAGUUGUGUGAUUUAAGCUGCCCUUUUACUGCCUGCAAUGAAACCACCAAGCAAGUUUGCAUUUUUAGCAAAAUGCUCCUUUUAGCACUCAGGAGCUAGCCAUGCUAAAGCUAAUGUUGUCUAAAAACUGAAAUCAACGCUCCAGUGAUUUGUACGUUGCAUUUUAAGCAGUUUCUCCCUGGAUGACGCGAGUAUGAUCACCAUAAUCAGUUUCCACUGGAUUAACAAGUUUAACCGACGAGUAUUUCUGGUGCUAGCGAGGUUAGCAGCGUUCAAUCGACUGGUCGACUAAUCAUGCACAUCCCUAGUAUUAACCUACUUGACGGACUUUGUCGUGCUCAGAAAUUGCAAACGCUCAGGGCCAGAUUUAACAAGGCCCAAAAAAACAGUACAAAUGUCAAAGUGCAACUAAGAUGCUAUUGAUGGAGUCUCAACACAUUAUGAAAAAAUAUAUCUGCAAACAUUUUGAGAAUCAGAGCUCAUGUUCGAGCCUGAUGACGCUGACCAGCUGAUCUCUAGCUCCUAUCAGUCGAACCCCGGCGCAGUUGCCCUGUGAUGGUGUGUUUGAUGGCGUCGACUUCGGGUCAGUAUUAACGCUGACAGCACGCAGACUUUCUGUCGUCGGCUCCUCCUCACUUUAACAAGCAGCAGCCUCUUCAGGAAGCUACUAAAGGAUGUCAGGGUCGCGUCCUGGGGUCAACUUCCUGUUUCAUCAAAGUGUUUUUACCUUCAACCCCUGAAUGAAAACUGAUCUACUGGCCUUUUGGUUGUUGAAUUGCGGAAGACAUUUUACCGUGAAACCAGUUUGUUACUGAAUUAUGUCUUAAAAGAAGACAGAGCAAUUAAUUUAUUGUUUUUUCCAUAGACUCUAAUGCUUUUUCCAAGGUAAGCUGAGCUUUAAAUUGUUACUCGAGAUGCACUGAUGUGGAUUUUUAAAGCUGGUACGAACGUCUGACAUGUUCCCAAACGUAUCAGCUGAAUAUGUUCUUAAAGAGCUCAGAGAAAUCACAGCUGCAGAACAGGUUAAGCUUUAAUUGUUUACAUAAUUCACAAUAACUUGAUGAACAUAUUGAUUUACACUAUAUGGCCAAAAGUGUGUGGACACCUGAACGUUACACCCGUAUGUAACAGCUGAACAUCUCAUUCCAAAAUCACGGGCAUUCUUAUGAUGGUCGGCUGCAGGGUUUUUCUCCCAUUCGACAGCAAGGGCAUUGGUUAGGUCCAGCACUGAUGUCGGGUGAUCAGGUCUGGCUCGCAGUCCCUGAUCCAGUUCACCCCAGAGGUGUUGGAUGGGGUUGCAAAUGGGGUAAGAGGUCAAAUUGGAAGGACAUUGUUGUCCAAACUGGCGUCCCGCAGCAUUAACAUGCCUCUUCACUGCAAGAACAGCCCUAAACUAACCGUCCACAUACUUCUGGCCUCAUAGUGUAUUAACGCGUCUCUGACGGGUUAUUCUUUGUUACUGAGUUAAGGUCCAACAUCUUAAUACAAGCACCAAAAGUCAACGUAUUUUCUAUUAUUAUUUAUUCUCAAAUGAACUACUUGAGCUCAAGACGACAACGCUAACUAGCUAAAAACUAGCUGCCUGUGCCCCGUUACACCCCCCUGAAUCAGCACCAGCAGACCGGUUUGAUGACGGAAGCUACCGGAAAAAUCAGACAAGCAAGCAGGAAACGUCUGCAAAGAGAUUCCUUUUAUGUGUUUUGUUGUUUUUCCUCAUUCCUGCGUUCGUCUUGAAGUUUGACGUAGUAACUAAACCGUGUUACACGCACAGAUUUACACUACUGCUGCACACACACACACACACACACACACACACACACUCAGAGUACACCUCUCAGUAUUCUGCUAAAUCUCAGUGAAGGAACGAUUCUUAACUUAUUUAUUGUUUCUAACUAUUCCGUGGAGGUAACUCUACCAGUAACUGGAUUUGUACACGAGGGGAGGAGUUGCCUCUCCGUGCUGGUCUGGGUUUGGAUUCGCCGCUGCCAUCGGAAUAAUGAUGAAGCGUAAAGCAGCGAAACAAACGACACUGUCGUGGCUAGCAGUUAAUUAUUGAAGUUAAUAGUUAAUAUUUAUUAUUUUGAGGGCUCAUGAGCCAAUCAAAAGCAUCUCCAUUUUGAAAGCUGGACAUGCGGCAGCGCUGCCAGACUUACGCUAAUUAUCGCAUCUGCACGAAAAACUUGCCCUCUGUACGAUAAUUUGACCAUGCUCAAAAUAAGUAGCUGGUUUUAGUCUCUGCUGCCUUAUUUGAGCUCAUUUCCCGACAUGAUCAGGAUAUAAACUAUGGAUCCUACGUCUGUUUACGCAUCUCUUCCCAUGUGACCUCUUUCCAGCCAGUCGUGGUUGGCGUAGGCAGCCACAGACAGCGGCUCGGAGGUGUAGGUAGAACUUUCUCUCUGAGGUUAUUUAUUGAAUUAGCUUUGCAGUUUAGCAUUUCCCCUCUGGCAGCGCUGACAUGUGGCUAUGCUAGCAUUAGCAUUCCUUGAUACCAGUAGUGACGUCACUGACUCACCUUUUGCUUCCCUUACGCCGGCAUCAGACCACAUGAACUUUGCCCGACUUUAAGAUAAUUUUGUUUUGUUUUGGCUGACGAAUUACGAUCCCCGUGGCCGAUUACGAACGACAGCUGGGCGUCUGUACCUGAGUGGUUUGACAUGCUAAACGACCUGUUGUGCAACAUCUGGGUCCCACGACACGCCGACGAAAAGAUAAACACACCGUGUUGUCUGAUCCCCUUAUUAGUCAGGCUCGUGUUAGGAAGUGGAAGUGGUAGAGCCACUGUUGACAGCUAUUUUCAAUGGAAAGCAGCUAACGCGUGUUCAGAAAGUGGCUGGAUGCGUAGCAACGGUGUGGUUUACGUCAUGUUUGAUCAUGAAACUCUCACACUGAGGUGGUUGACAUCUCACCAGAAAGUGGCGGAGAAGCCGCAGACGGAGGCAGCUUCACCCCUCCACGUGUUUUUAUGUUUGUGUAUAUAGUAAUUCUUCUAGUUCUGUGUUUGACCUGGGAAACACGAGUUUCAGAAACACAAGGGAACGUGAUUACAAGUGCUUCAGUGGAUAUAAUGAACGAUCCUUUUUAUUUAUUAUGGUCCUCAGUAGAGAGAUGAUGUCACUUGUUUGCUCUGUUUCUUGAAUUAUGUGACUUAAAUCACAUGGAGUGAUCUGCCUUUUUUAUUAUACUUCCACAUGUUUCAAGAAAAUCAAGUUACUGAUAUUUACUGACGGUCACAGUAAGUGAAACUUGGAGAGUCGUUAGCAGCGGUUAUGAGAGACAUGCAGCUUUGUUAAAGGUUUUUAAUUCUGCAUAUACACUGGCUAAAAUUUCACUCUUCUUGUUAUAUUAGUUAGUUUCAUUGAUGCGUUAAUUAAAUAUAGAGCUGGCCAGUAUGGACAAAAUUCAGGAUAUGCCUGCACUACUGCUCACUGUGGUGUCGGAUCCAGAGCGUUUCCACACAUAAUCCUCAGGUGGUUUGGUCUCACUCUAAAUAUGAAGCUACAAUUGGCAGCCAGUUAGCUUAGCUUAGCUUAGCAUUGAGACUGGAAACAGGAGAACCGGUUGACAGCAAAGACUCCAUGAUGUUAUUUUCAGUUUUUAUAUGGAUUAAAUGAACAAGCUAAAACAUGCUAAUUAAUGAGAUUUAGAGGUGCUUUGGACAGAGUCUGGCUAGCUGUUUCACGCUGUUUCCAGUCUUUAUGUGAAGCUAAGCUAACCAUUUCAGGGCUCCGGCUCUGUAUUUAUUGUACAGAUAUGAGUGGUACCAUCGUCUAACUCUUGGAAAGGAAGCGAAAAAGCGUAUUUUAAAAAAUCGUUACUGAGCUUUGUUUUUGAUUUUGAUAUUUCUCGUAACCACCUGUAACUGCUCUCCAAACGCUUACUGACGGGCAGGUAGAUCUGCAGUUCAUCCUUGCCCAGGUUUGGUUUCUGUACAUAAGAGGGUUCAUAUUUUAUAUCAAUGAUGUGCAAUUCUUAUGAAGGGAAAGUUACUGAAUCUCAGAGUAUAGUUUUUUUGUUGUUUUCUAUCACGAUCUGGGCGAAACAGAACAAGGUUUGAAAUGUUUUUUGUGGAUAUUCGCAGAAAUCACAAGGUGAAGGACGGUUGGUCUUUUAAGUUGUUUCACCUUGAAUUUAGCAUUUUUAGGCAAAAUGAAGCGUAGUUUUGAAAAACAUUUCAAACCGUAAAUGUUUUUGUCCAGCUGUGUGCUAACUAUCAGGGUACUGGCUCGCUUGUUUGAGAAAUGCAGUUGAUCUGUUUUUUUGUUUGUUUUUUGUGUCAGUGUCGAUCAAAAGGGUGCGCUUGUUUCGGGUUAUCAGUUCAAAUCCAACAAAGCCGACUCCCGGCAGCCGUCAGCCGAAUCGAAACAAGCGCACCCCGUUUGCUGUUUUAUUUGACAGCGGGAAGGAAUGUGUGUACGAACAAAGAGGGCCUGAAAUCAACACUGAGCCCCCAGCCAAUAAUUUCAAUGCUGAACUUUCCGUUCUGAUAGCCUGCUUGGCAAUUCAAAAACAUGGAACUUUAUUGACUUCUAUGGACAAACAAAAGAAAGUGCAACCAUGUCCCAAAGAAGUAAGAAACCACUGUUUGAAGCACUGUUUUAAAUGUUAAACCAGUAAAACUGGUGUCAUAGCUCAUGGAGAAGCGGGUCACUUUUCACACUGGAUGUAAUUAAAGUGAAUUUAACCACUGAGGUCAAUAAAGUCUUAUAUUUUGCACACGCAGCCACUUUGGCCCUCGAGGAAUUUCUUCAGCUGUACUUGUUGGCUGGUUGGCCCAAAAGGUUUGUUUCACGCCCUGCAAACAAACCCAACAGAGAGUUUGAUAUCAUGUGGCUUCAUGAUGAACAAGUUUACAACCGACUGAUGUUUUAUUUAUUGUUACUAUCUUGAAACCGUGACCUGUGUAUUAUUCCUAAUGACAUGCUGCUCUGGCUCGUUCGACUGGAAGUAAAACAGAUGUCU